AUGUCCAGAUUCCAGAGACUACUGAACGUUAUCCGUUUGCUGGCCUCUGAGUGGAACAUCUCCAUGUUUGACUUUGUUGGACAAACCGAAAAGCUGUGUGACACCUGUGUGAAACUUGUGCCACCCAAGCAAGACAUUGGUGACGUGCUCCAGAAAAGUCUCCAGUACCUGGGCUGGAAACACACUGGAAUGUUUGGAGGCUACUCUGGGGCUUCCUCCUGGGAUGGAGUGGAUGAAUUGUGGAGGGUUGUAGAGAACGAACUCAAUUCCCAUUUUAUCAUCACUGCCAGCAUGAGAUACACCAAAAAUAGUUUAGUCUUUCUUCAAGAGCAUCUUUGGAGGAUAUCAUCAAUUGCCAGGGUUAUCAUCUUAAUCUGCAGCUCAGAGGAUGCAAAUAUUAUUCUGCUGGCUGCAGAGAACCUGGGACUCAACACUGGAAAAUUCGUUUUCAUCAUUUUGCAGCAGUUGGAGGACCAUUUUUGGAAGGAAGUACUGACAAAUCAGAAAAUGAUGCAUCUCCCAAAGAUGUAUGGGUCAGUGCUUCUCAUUGCCCUCAGCUCCUACGGAGAAGGCCGUGGAGACGCAGGCUUUUGGAAACAAGUCUACCAAACACUGAGGAGGCCGCCUUUCCGCAGCACCAUCUCCUCGGAGGAGCAGGUGAGCCUUUACUCUGCCUACCUUCACGACGCCGUCCUGCUCUAUGCUGAGACCGUGAAGCAGAUGGUAAAGGCUGGAGGCGACUUCCAGGACGGGCGGCAGCUGGUCAGCGCUCUGAAGGUACCAGUCAGACCACUACAGGGAAUCACCAGCCCUGUGUUUGUGGAUGCCCAGGGAGAAAAGCACAUCGAUUUCUAUGCCCUACAGAAGUCUGAAGAUGGGCCCUUUUUUCUUCCUUGUUUUCAUUAUGACAGCUAUCAGAAAGUAAUCAGGUACUGGCAGGACAUUUCUGCAAGUGGGCCCCCUGGCUCCCUUCCUGAAGACAGACCUGGCUGUGGAUUUUAUAAUGAGCUCUGUGAAACUGAGCCUGCUUUGAUGGGUAAGUAUGGCUGCUUGGAGAAGGUAGCAGGUCUGAUUUUAAGGAUGCAGAGGGGAAAACUGCAGAGGCAAAACAAAGACAUCUGGUGGCAAAUCAAUUUUGACGAUAUCAUCAUUCUUCCCCAGAACAAGCCACCCCAGAGAGGCACACCUGUGUCAAGAGGCAUCACCAGUAACUCAUCUAGUGUGAUGAUUUCUGUGGACCUCAGCUCUUUUGUCAAGAGCCAGCAGGGGGAAGAGCUCUUCUAUGCCCCAAUAGGGCUUUAUCAGGGAAACCACGUGGUCAUCCGCUAUGGUGCACACCAAGCAGAAGCCUGGGUUAGGAAGCUGACUGUGUUACAGGAAAUACAGCUGCUGAGGCCCCCUGGCCCAGGGAAAUGGGGAUGCCACAUUAACCACAAAGCUGCUGACCUAAGAGGUGGACCAGAGAUGCUGAUUGGAGGAGAAAUCAUCAACCAAAUCGAAGACCCUGCAGCAGCAGUCCCACUGCGACCUUCCCUGCCCGAGGAGAAGGGCAAUGAAAAGAUCAUGGCCGUGGUGAGGGUAUGUUGGGAGGAAUCUCCGGAGAAAAGACCCAGUUUCUCUUCCAUCAAGAAAACUUUAUGAGAGGCCAUUCCCAGAGGCCAUGUGAGCAUCCUGGCCAGUAUGAUGAGUAAGUUGGAAGUGUAUGCCAAUCACCUGGAGGAAGUGGUGCAAGAGAGGACCAGCCGGCUGACGGCAGAGAAGAGGAAGGUGGAGAAGCUUCUGUCUACUAUGGUGCCCAGCUUCACUGGAGAACAACUCCUAGCUGGAAGGUCCGUGGAACCAGAACAUUUCGAGUCUGUGACAAUCUUUUUCUCUGACAUUGUUGGAUUCACAAAGCUAUGUUCUCUCAGCUCCCCCUUGCAAGUCGUCAAGCUCCUCAAUGACCUGUAUAGUUUAUUCGAUCACAUCAUCACAAAUUACGGUGAGUAUAAGGUUGAGACCACUGGAGACGCAUACGUGGUGGCUAGCAGACUCCUUAUCCGCAAUAUUGCCACCAUGUCCCUGCACUUCUCAGUGGCACCAUUCAUUUGCUUCCAGACUGGGCACUUGCUCCAGGAGAAGCUCCAGCUUCGGAUUGGCUUCCACACGGGUCCUGUGGUGGCUGGUGUGGUGGGAAUUACCAUGCCCAGAUACUGUCCAUUUGGAGACACUGUGAACAUGGCAUCCAGAAUGGAGAGCAGCAGUUCGGUAAAUGCAGGCUUGGAGGAGCUGAAGAUGGUGAACUCAUUUCAUGGGGUGCCAGGGCUGGCCUGUGGCUUUCAGCCCUGUGCAACUGCCCUAGCUGCCAGAUAUUUACAGCCCAUUAACUUGAGAAUUUGCAGUGAACCCAAUUUUAUUCUGCAGGAGGGGAAAGUGGAGAGGAUGAAGCCUGUCUUUCCUGUGCAAGGUGCCUGCUCUCUAACCUUUGGUGCUGAUUUUCCUUAUCAGUUAAUCAGCUUGCAAGGAGAUAGGAGCCCAUAUCUGACAGCAUCUUGA